UUAGUUUUGUUUCAUUUGUUUAGCAACAAUAUAACCUAAAUUAUGAUAUUAGCCUGUCAAUAAUUUGUAUUUAUGGGCAAGUACAUAAAGUAUAUAAAGUCUGGUGGAUUGGGUUAACUGGUACAAGUUAAUUUCAAUCGUACAAGAGUUGUCAUAAUAUUUCAAUUUUUCCCUAAAAUUUACACUUCAAUUCCAACAUUGAUCAUGAUUCGCCAAAGUCUUACACUUAUCUUAGUGCUGUCUUUAAUUUCAUUUAUUCACAGCCAACCGAGUCCUGCAGAAACAUUUAACCGUAUGUGUGAAACCUCGCUGAAAGCAAUAAAAGCUGGAACUUUUGAGAAGAGUAUCAAAGAGAGGCAAGAAUGCAGGGAGAAAGCCGUACCAAAAGACGUACUCGCUGCAGCGGCUAAAUGUGAAGAAGCUAUGCCAAUGGUGACCAUUGAUCAAGUAAACAAAGUGUGCAACGCCAAGGAUGCUAAUCUAGCUAAAUUUACUGAGGUUCUUGGAUGUUUUGAUAAAGCGAUCGGCGGGGAAUACGCCGAUAAGUUUUCGGAUUGCUGCAAGUUCAUGGAUCCAGAAAAUGCUGCAAAGCGUUCCAAGUGAUUCAGAGAAAGUCAAACUAAAUGAUGCAUGAUUUGUUGGAUUUCUUUCUUCUAACAUUACAACUUGAAAAAUAUGUAACACAGUUUUAUGAUUUGAUAAAUAAACAGUUCAUAGCGAAAAA